ACAAUACUUGAUUGGGAUUGGUCGAUUUUCUUACGCUUAGGUUUGACGUCCUUACGCGAUUUUAUGUGUGAAGGCCUUAACCAACGAACGAAAAGUUACCCGCCGGGCAGCAUACGGUGCAAACGUGCGUAUGUCUUGUCCGCGAUAACAACGGGUACCCCGCGAACAGCGCGAUAGCCGAGACUGGUGAUAGCGGCGAAUAUAUUCGUUAGCGCGACAUUAUAAUCGUCCGAGCAGUUAACGCAAUUUACACGCGAACACGAUUCAGAAAGGCUUCGUAAAUUUUGCACGAUCAACGACCAUACUCAGUCAACCCGAGUGCGGGAAUUUGUACUUGAGAUUUACAAUAAUAUUUUAUAUAUUUAUAUCUUAAUUAUCGUAUACGGUGAGUGCGAGAUCAUUCUACAUAAUCCGUGUCACGUCCCCAUCCACGACUUACCCACCUGUCGGCGUUCCAGAUUCCAGAUUCGAAUCCUGGCUGAGAUUCCACGAUGCACCUGAGAAAUGAGAACAACACCGAGGAGAAAAGUCUCAUGUUCAGAAUAGAGAACAACAUUUUGAUUGGCGAGGAGGUACCGAUUCACAAGACAUGCACAAAUGUCGGUGCGUUGGUAUUGGAGAAGAUGCGAAGCAGACCGGAGUUCGUCGCUCAAGUGGAGGCGGUUACCGGCACGGAAACUAUUUUCGCAGAAAUGACGGAGAAAAGCGUGAAAUGCGCGCUGUGGCUAAGAGAGCAAGCUGUUCAGCCGGGCGACAUAAUCGGCAUUUGCACUCACAAUCACUUGGAAUCAUACGUACCGCUGCUGGCGGCACUCUACGUUGGCGCCAUUAGCAAUCCUUGGGACAACGAACUUUCCCCAACGACCGCACGUUAUUUCCUCUUGCUGACAAAACCAAAAAUAGUGUUCGUGAAUGCCGAGUCGGCCAAGUGUCUAGCGCAGGUUGUCGAAGAAAACAAUCUGAACACCAAGCUAGUAGUGUUCGGCGAACUAGCAGGCUUUGAGGAUACGUCUCUGACGAGCGUCUUGCGUUCUCAGGACGCCGCAGGGAUCGACAAAUUUGAGUGUGCGAGGCUGACCAGCCCCGAUCAUAUCGCCACGAUCGUUUGCUCGUCCGGUACCAGCGGCUUUCCGAAAGGCACCGAGAUCAGCCACGCGUCCAUGAUCAAUUACAUGGCUCACGUCAAGAUCCACGACCUCCGAGAACACGUGUCAAUGUGGAUGCCUUCUAUGCGUUGGUACUGUGGUCUGUUCAUUAUUAUUAAAGCUAUUCUCGAUUGCUCGAAGAGGGUCAUAAUUCCGGAUUACGACGACGAUGAGAAGAUAUGUUAUUUCAUCGAAAAAUACGAGGUAUCCUGGUUUAGAUGCGAUUCCUGCUUCCCCAUUCGACUAGUGAAGUUCGGCAUAUUAAGCAAGUACCGACUACCAACAUUGAAAAUCCUUUUGUUUGGCGGCGCGCAUUUCCGGGGAGAGCUGCAGCAGACUCUGGUGAAACUUUUGCCACAUACCAAUGUCAUACUGAGUUACGGAAUGACAGAUUACGGUGGAUUAUGCGCCCGUCAAACGAGACACAGUAAACCGGGCAGUUGCGGAUUUGUGUGCGAAACAGGACGGUUGAAAGUGGUCGAUCCUAACACGGGAGAGACCUUGGGGGUCAACAAAACCGGAGAAAUAUGGGCCAAAUCGUCAUACAUGAUGAAUGGAUACUACAACAAUCCCGAAGCCACAAAGAACGCUAUCGAUUCGGAUGGAUGGUUGCAUACUGGCGAUCUUGGUUAUUACGAUGACGAUGGCGAAAUCUUCCUCGUCGACAGAAUGUCGGAAUUCAUCAACUAUAGAGCCAUCAAAAUAUCGCCCGCGGAAAUCGAAGCUUUGAUUCAACAACAUCCGGCAGUCCUCGAAGUCGCCGUAGUGCCAGUGCCGCAUGCUGUCGAGGAGGAACACGCCAUGGCUUUUAUCGCGAAAGUACCCGGCAAAGAGGCGACGGAGCACAACAUAACCGACUUGGUGGAGCAGAACAUGCCGUGGUACUGCAGGUUGCAUGCGGGAGUUAAAUUCAUGCAGAGGCUUCCUCGCACGGCUACAGGGAAGAUCGCUAAGAAGGAACUCAAGCAGAUCGCUAAGAGUUAUUAUAUUGUCCACGUGCCAAGCUGCGAUUACAGUUGCCAAGAAAUCUCUACAGACAUGACGAUAACCAACGAAAAAGCCAACAAGCAGUAUGUACCGUCGUUCAGAAUCGAGGAUAAUAUAUUGAUUGGCGCGGAGGAAACUCAUCCAGGAUGCACGAACAUCGGAGAACUGAUUCUCGAUAAAUUGAGGAAUAAGCCGGAUUUUGUCGGACAGAUAGAGAUUGCUCCGGGAAAAGAGAGUACCUACGCGGAAAUGAAAGAACGAAGUAUCAAAUGUGCCCUCUGGUUAAGAAAUCACGGUAUCCAAAAAGGUGAUAAGAUUGGCAUAUGGACUGGCAAUCACAUCGACACCUACGUACCAGUAUUCGCAAGUUUAUAUGUUGCCGCGAUAAUAUGUCCGUGGGAUGACAAAGUAUCGAAAAUGUCGGCGCGGUACUGUCUGUCGCUAACGUCCCCGAAAAUGGUUUUCGCGGACGCAGAGUCAGUCGAGAAUCUGGUGGAAGCAGCAAAAGAAGAAAAUCUAGAAGUUAAAGUCGUAGUUAUCGGGAGUUUACCAGGAUUCGUGUCUUUGACGGAUAUUCUUCAAGAUCGAGUCAACCCGUCAGAGAUCGAUGAAUUCCGUUGCACCGUAGUCGAUAAUCCUCAUGACACAGCGAUGAUCUGUGCUUCUUCCGGUACAACGGGUAUGCCAAAAGGAACUGAACUGUCUUAUGUGUCCCUUUACAACAGUAUCACACCCAUCGAAGAAAUUCAUAUGAUCAAUGAAGUAACAUUAACUGUACCUACGAUACGAUGGCACUACGGACUGACUGUGCUGUUCGAACUGAUUAUGUCGAACGCAAAAUGGAUUAUUGUUUCAAAUGAAGUAGCUAUGGACAAUGCCCAAAUAUGCAAAGUUGUUCAGGAUUAUGGGGUAACAUGGUUAGGAUGUGAUAUUUCAUUUCCGAACCGUGUACUCAAAUACAACAUCUUACAAAAAUAUCCUAUGUUGUCUCUGAAAAAGCUCGUUAUAACUGGUGGGCUACUUACAAAACAAACACAAGAAGCUAUCGCGAAAAUGUUGCCUCAUACCCAAAUAUUAAAUUGUUAUGGCUUGACUGAUGCCGGAGGAUUGUGCGUGAGCCAAGCGAAAAAUAGUAAACCAGGUUCCUGUGGUUUUGUGACCAAGGGAAUACGAAUAAAGAUAGUGGACGAAAAAACCGGCCAAGUUUUAGGGCCUAACGAGAGAGGUGAACUUUGUAUAAAAUCGGAAUUUAUAAUGAAUGGUUAUCAUAAAAAUCCAGAAAAAACUAAAAGUGCUAUUGAUUCAAAUGGCUGGCUGCAUACUGAAGAUAUAGUAUAUUACGACGAGGAAGGUGAAAUUUACUUUGUCAGCAGAAAUUCGGAUUUUAUUAAUUACGGGGGCAUUAAAUUAUCACCCGCGGAAAUAGAGGGUGUACUUGAAACUCAUUCUUCAGUUCUCAGUGCCGUGGUAGUUCCAGUACCAAAUGAAAUGGAUAUAGAACAUCCGAUGGCAUUUAUUCAGAAAGUAAUCGGAAAAGAGGUAACAGAAGAGGAAUUGCAUGAUUUAGUAAAUAAAAAUUUACCAGACUAUUGUAAGCUCGUAGGAGGAAUCAAAUUUAUGGACAAGCUUCCACGUGUUAGUACUGGAAAAAUUGAUAGAAAACAAUUAAAAUUAUUGGCACAAAAUUAUGCCAAUUAAAUUGAAAAAAUAUUAUAUAUAUUCA